GCGACAUUGGAGUAUCGAAAAAGUGCGAGGUAUUCCGAACGGAUAAAGCAAUAUGGAGGACGUUAAACGAUCGAGACGAAAAUAAUAUUUAUUUACCAAGAAUAUUUCUGCAAAUCAAAAUGGGCAACAACUAUUCCCAUUUGGAGAAGGAGAUAGGGUCAGAUCAGUUGCCUGCAAAUGAACAUUACUUUGGACUUGUAAAUUUUGGAAAUACAUGCUACUGCAACUCAGUUUUACAGGCACUUUAUUUUUGUCGCCCAUUUCGAGAUAGAGUUCUACAGUUCAAACAGCUGCAGAAGAACAAUAAAAAGGAAUCACUGUUGACAUGCUUAGCUGAUUUGUUUUACAGCAUAGCUUCACAAAAGAAAAAAGUGGGCACAAUUGCACCCAAAAAAUUUAUAACUCGUCUGAGAAAAGAGUAUGAUCUCUUUGACAACUUCAUGCAACAAGAUGCCCACGAGUUCCUGAACUAUCUGUUGAAUCGUGUGUCUGAACUUCUUCAGGCAGAAAAACAAGGAAAUAAAGGAAAAAUAAAUGGAGCUGAAAAUCAGAACAAAACAGAACCAACCUGGGUCGAAGAUUUAUUCCAGGGAACAUUUACCAACGAAACACGCUGCCUCACUUGUGAAACAGUGAGCAGUAAGGAUGAGGAUUUCCUGGAUCUGUCGGUGGACGUGGAACAGAACACCAGCAUCACUCACUGUCUGCGCGGCUUCAGCUCCAUGGAGACGCUCAGUGAUGAGCACAAGUAUUACUGUGAGGUGUGUGGCACCAAACAGGAGGCUCAGAAAAGAAUGAGAGUGAAAAAACUUCCAAAGAUUCUAGCUCUGCAUUUAAAGAGAUUCAAAUAUAUGGAGCAGCUGAAUAGAUUUACCAAGCUUUCACAUCGGGUUCUCUUUACUUUUGAACUUCGAUUGUUUGAAACAUCGGAUGAUGCUUACAAUCCGGACCGGAUGUAUGAUCUUGUUGCCGUGGUAAUCCACAUAGGGAGCACUCUCAAUAGGGGCCAUUACGUCAGUAUUGUUAAAAGUGACGGAUUCUGGCUCUUAUUUGACGAUGACGUUGUGGAUAAAAUUGACCCUAGUGCAAUAGAGGAUUUCUAUGGAAUGUCAUCGGCAGACAUGCAGCAGAAGACAUCAGAGACAGGAUACAUCUUGUUCUAUCAGUCCAGGGAGUAGCCAAGAUCUGCAUGGUCUCCAUUCUGUGUGUAGCUACUGAUCAAUUUUUUCAGGCCAUCUUCUGCAGUAUACAGCUGUUAGAUGUCAAUUUCUCAUUGCUGUAACUUAAAAUGUGGGUAUACAUUUUGUGUAUAUAUUAUUCAGAGGAAGUCUUAGAAGAAGAAAAAAAAAUAUAUUCUAACAGUCUUGUCAGGUAGAAGACAAUCAGUGAGUCGGUGACCAAGAGUAUUUAUUGUUAAAGCCGUUAUCUGUUAAUUCUGAAUGCACGGGUCGCGUUGUUAUGUACGAGGACUUACGAGUGAUCUUUAUUUCCCGCCAGGUGUGAUAUAUUGUUUUUUAUAUUCACAUUUUGUUUACUAUAUUGUUAUUUCCAUUUUAAAUGAUAAUAGUUUGUGAGCAAUUCCAAACCUUUUACUAUAUGUGAGAAUGACAAGUAUGGCUUUAGGUUUUAAGUAUAGAAAUUUCUGUAUCGUAAUUAUUCAUAUUAAUUAAGGUGUCCUAAUUGGACAGUAACUAAGAUUCAUACUUUGUCAGAUUUUUUUUCUUACAAAAUACUUCAUAUAAUUCUUUGAUCAAUUUUGGGGGAUUAAUUAAUUUAAGGAAGUUUAGAAUAUUCUUUUUUGGUGAAAAGUUCAAUUAAUUUGUAGCAUACAAUUGAUAUGGAUGUGUAGAUUGCAUUUAUUACAGGCUCAACAGCUGUUUUAUUCAGAUAGAUACUGUCUAUUCAUGCAAUGUUAUCAACAUUUUACAUCAUUUUAUUGUCAUUUUAACCUUUAUAAAUAAUGAGUUGAAACAUGUAUUACAAUUUAGUGACUUUAUUAAAUGUGGCAUUAAAUGCUGAAAGAUAAAAAACAAAACCGAUCUUGUAUAAAAAGUUCAUGUAUAUUUGUACAGUGUGUGAUUUUAAAUAAAGUGUCGGUCACUAUUGAUGUGCUAUUUAUAAACCUGUACAGCUCUAAGUGAAGUGCAUAUGUUUUCCUCAUGAAAUACUUACUGAUUUUAAGAUGUUAUGCUUUGUGGCACAUCAUUGAAAACCCUCAGCCACGCAGUCUUGCACAUAUUUCAAGUAUUUUUUAAUAAUAUGUACUGGUAAGAGGCAUAUUUUUAAAGCAUAAUAAGGUAUGAGAAAAUAACAUCAAACGAAAAUGGAUGAGAUAGACAGGAAUCAUUUGCAAGAAAUGACAUUUUAUAUUAAAAUUAUCCACCAAAAAAAAUAAAAAAAUUGGUGAGACUGGCUGUGGGUUUUCAAUGCACGUGACAAAGGAGUUCAUUUUAUACUUUAUACUGAGAAUGCAUGAAAUACAUUAGAUAAUUGAAAUAAUAGCUAUUUGGUACUGGUAUUGGUACAUUUACAUGGAAAUAUCAGAAUAAAUAUUAUUAUGUGUUUUAAGAGUAAAUAAAUUGUUAUUUAUUAUUUAAUAGGACAUUUUUCUAACUAAAAUUUAUGUCACUUUUGGUUAUUAUUUUCAAAAUACUUAAAAUGUAUAUCAGUACAGCAUACAUACAAUUCUAAUUCAAGAUCAUAUAUCUUUAGUAAAUGUAGAAGAGAAUGUUGAAUGUAAAUAUAUAUUUAUUAUUUAAUUACGUAUACAGUAGCAUUUUGUAAAAUUAUAAUGAACAUUUUGUAUUUGUUUACGAUGCCCCCUCUGUGUACCCCUGACAUGAUUUUACUGAUCCAUCAUUUGACUUUUUUAAUGGACUGCUUGGUGUAAUGCUGUGCUGUGUCAACAACUGCUUCACUUUUUGAAGUACAAUGUAAUAUCAUUACUAUGAUGCAAUAUCAGAUUACUAUUUAAUAUUGUAAUAUCAUUGCAGUGUGAUUAUUAUGGUAUUGUACAUCGUAUUAUAAUUCUGUAAACACUUUUUCAUCAUUUCAAGGAUGAGAGAUUUAAAAAAAAAAAAUUAGUUUUCCUCUUUACCUUUCCAUACCUGAGUAUAGAAAAUGUUUGAAUUGUUUCUUGAUUUAAUUCCUUUGUGUCUUCAUCAUUCUUACAUGUAUGUACAUGAUGUACUCUCUAGACUAUCUAAAAACAUUCCUUUUUUAAUUCUAGCCUUAUUUUCUAACACAAUACAUGUUAUUCACUGAAAGUACAAAAAUAUACUGUAAUCUCAGGAUGAGAUGUUUCCCAUACAGUUAUAACUGCAUUGUAAAUGUAAUAUAUAUGUACACAUAUAAACAUGUAACUACAUAAUCUUUUUAGAGAUUUGAAAACGAAAAUUUUAGUUACGAUCACCAAAACAAAAGUAAAGCGAGAACAUAAAUUAAAAUUUAUGAUGUUCUUUUGAGACUUUUAAAAAAAAACUUUACAAGCUAUUCAAAAACGAAGAAAGAUAUUUCUCACUUUAAAGUUAUACACCUGUAGACAAAAAAUUAAAGUUAUUGGAAGGGGGGGGGGCAAAAUUAAAUUCCACAAUUUCACAAGUGCUAAAUUCUUUUAUGGUUUUCUAUUUUUUGCCAUCUGUUCAUAGAAUCCAAAAUCAUCUAGACAUAAGGAGUAAUACAUUUUAGUUACAUUUGGUGCCAGCAUUGCUUACUUGAAUUAUAUUUGUGAUAUAUUGUCUAGUUUGUGAUACAUGUAAACAAAAUUAUAUAUUGUCUUUUUUCUGUGUACAUAAACAGUGUGAAAUUCAAUGUACAUGUUGUAUAUAUGUAGAUAUUUCUGUGUACAGACAAUUAAUUGAUGAUGGUAUAUUUGAUAACCAAGAUAAUAUUGUGUUAUAACCAAAUAGUUUCUCGUUUUCUUUUCAAAUACAGUGAGCUUAAUCUUGGUUGUAAAUUCAUUAAAUUGUGAUUUCCAGUC